AUGUUCAGGAGCGGAAAGAUCACGGUUUGGAUAACAGCUGGCGACAAGAGCCGGGCCGAUAGCCUAUCAUUUUCUAAGUCAUACCCUGCCCGGCCUUUGCGGGGCCUCAACUCAUAACGGCCGGCCAAGUCCAAAAAAAGCAUGUUAUUAAGUCGAAAAAUCAGACGUUUGUUUGACAAAAACGUUUUUGGUUUCAUUUUUCACUUACUUAAGAUAUUAAGAGAAACUCUGAGUCAAAGUCGCGUUUUUUUAACAAUAGAAAAAGAAACUUAUGAGUGAAUGUUUUUUUCGUCCGGAUAAAAAAGUUUAUAAGAUUCCAAAAAAAUUUAUUCGUGGCGCAGUCUAUUCGCAAAAAACGUCUAAAAGCCCCGGCUGACAUAGCCUAGAUCGCCCAGCCUGAAGAACAAGCAUGGAUAAAUUAUAUAUAUCUAGAUAAUAGAUCUUGGAAACAAGAUCUGUUAAAUCCCAUAGCCUCCGAGGAAAAAUCUCCUAAAAAAACUUGAGGAAGAAUCUUGUACUCGUAGGGACCAAAAGAAAAAUUAUGGAAAAUGAGAUUUUAUCACACCGAAUCCACAUCGCUCUUUCAUUCUGCACCUUUUCAAAGUAGGAGUCGCUCCGGCUGACAUCAUUAAACGGCUCGCAGUCCCAAGUAGAACCGUCUAUGACUCGAUUUCUCGUUUCAAAAAGCUCAGCACGUCCUUGGAUAGAUGUAGGAGAGGAAGAAAAGCAACAGCCGUCACUCCAGACCGGAUCAAAGCUGUGAAAGAGAGAAUCAGAAGAAAUCCACUUCGGAGCAUCAGAAAGAUGGCGAAAGAUAUGAAAACUAGUCAAAGUUUGAUGGAAAGGAUCCUCAAAGACAAGCUGAAGCUCAUCUGUUAGCAUGUAAAAUAAGCAGCCAUUCUCUCGGAAGCUACAACCAAGAAACGGCUCGAAAUAUCAAGAGAGCUCCUUCAGCGCACGCGCACUAGUGAACACUUGGUUACAACGUUCUCUGACGAAAAGCUGUUCACGGUACAGGCCGAUUUCAACUCUCAGAAUCAUCGAGUACUUGCUAAGACGUCUGAGGAAGCUUUUGGCAACGGAAGGACCAUUCAUCAAGCCUCUCACCCCGCUAGUGUGAUGGUUUUCGGAUCAGGGUCUGCUGAUGGCAAAACACCAUUGCUAUUUGUCGAUCAAGAAGUCAAAAUCGACAAGGAAGUCUACAUUUCGGAGAUUUUGGAAAAGACACUUCUUCCCUGGACUCAGAAGCACUUCAAUAGACGUCACUGGGUGUUCCAACAAGGCGGUGCUACAGCACACACAGCCAAGUUGUCGCAACAGUGGUCCGAGAGUCGUUUGCCUGCGUUCAUCCCGAAGGACUAA